AUGGGAAGUCAUAUGAGCAAGAAGAUCCCUGAAACUUCAUCAGUUAUUAGCCUCAGCAGUGAAUUGCACUACAAAACUGAGUUGAGUUCUUAUGAGGCUGCUUGCAAGCUUGAUUCUGAUUUGCAGUCCUUUGACAGCACACUUCAAACUCGAACAAAUCAGGUUAUCAAUACUCUUGCAGUUGGUGUUGAAGUUCGGUCUCUUUCAUUUGAUUCUCUAAAGCAAGUCACAGAAUGCCUUUUGGAGAUGAAUCAGGAAGUUGUGAAGGUAAUCUUGGACUGCAAGAAAGAUAUAUGGAAGAGCCAAGAACUGUUUGAACUGGUUGAAGAGUACUUUGAGAACAGUCUUCAAACACUAGAUUUCUGCACUGCAUUGGAGAAGUGCCUAAAGCGAGCACGCGAUAGCCAGUUGCUUAUCCUUGUGGCUCUUCAACAGUUUGAGGAGGAAUCAGAGUUAGGAGACAACCGCUAUGUUAGGACAUUACAAGAAUUGAAGAAUUUCAAGGCAGCUGGUGACCCUUUCACUGAAGAAUUCUUUCAAAUCUUUCAAUCCGUUUAUAGGCACCACAUACUCAUGCUUGAAAAGUUACAACUUAGAAAGAACAAGCUUGAUAAGAAACUGAAAUACAUCCAUUCUUGGAGGAAGGUUUCAAGCAUGAUAUUUGUGGCUACUUUUGCUGCUGUGUUGAUAUGCUCAGUAGUGGCAGCAGCUAUUGCAGCUCCACCUGUUGCUGCUGCUAUAGCUGCCGCCACCUCAAUCCCAAUUGGUUCCACGGGAAAGUGGAUUGAUUCUCUUUGGAGGAACUAUGAAAAUGCAUUGAAAGGGCAGAAGGAAGUAAUAACCUCAAUGCAAGCUGGUACCUAUGUUGCUAUAAAGGACUUGGACAACAUUCGCAUUCUCAUUGAUAGGCUUGAAAUUGAGAUUGAAUCUUUGUUGCAUAAUGUGGAUUUUGCAAUUGAAGAAGAAGCUGUGAAGAUUGCAAUAGGGGAGAUCAAGAAGAAGUUGGGAGUGUUUAUGAAGAAUGUUGAAGAUUUAGGAGUUCAAGCUGAUAUGUGUAGCAGGGACAUUAGGAGGGCAAGAACUGUGGUCCUGCAAAGAAUCAUAAAGCAUCCCCACAAUUGA